UUGGACCCCACAUAAAUCUCUGCCGUCAUAUGAUCUAAUUUGUAGUUUCGAUGCAUGUUCAUAUACAUACAAACACAGUAGAAGGCCAUGUAUUAGAAUUCUUGAAUAUCCAUAAAUGUAACUUACACCUAUAUGUACAUAUACGUGUAACUUACCAAGUUGGUAAAGUUAUGUGGUGUUCCCACCAAGCAAUUCGGAUUCUCUCUCUUUGAGUGUCUUCCUGGUUAAGCUCAGUUUCUUCUGGGUCCAAGAAAAGGUUUCAGCUGAGGAAUUUCAUGGGUUUUAUGUAGCUUGCCCAGAGGGUUUUCAUUGAUCGGGAAAUCUGAAAUUUGACCUUGUGUAACUUAUGGUUAAUGGUAUGGGAGAUCAGGAAUCAUGCACCAAACCCCUUGGAAGAUUGUCUGUUUUCUACUAUGGCGUGGGGCACAUGCUGAAUGAUAUUACAUCUGCAUGUUGGUUUACUUAUCUCUUAGUUUUCUUGACAGAUAUUGGACUGUCCCCAAGGGCUGCUGCUGCUGUCAUGCUUUCGGGCCAGAUAGCUGAUGGAUUUACAACCAUAUUUGCUGGCGAACUGAUAGACAGGUUUGGGCAUUUCAAAAUUUGGCAUGGUGCAGGAUCUGUUUUAGUCGCUGUUUCAUUUUCUUCUGUUUUUGGCGGUUGCCUGCCUUGCAAGAUCCUUGGCACCAAUUCAUUUACUGUGCAAACUAUUGGAUACAGCAUUUUUGCAGCUAUCUUCAAUGUGGGUUGGGCAGCAACUCAAGUUUCACACAUGUCUAUGGUGAAUUGCAUCACGCUGAAUUCAACAAGUAGAGUAAUUUUGGCUAGUUGUCGCAAUGCUUUUACAAUGGUCGCCAACCUAAGCCUCUAUGCAGUUGCUUUUAUAGUAUUCAGAUUCAAUACAUCAAGGACACUUGCUGAUGUUGAAAGUCAGUACCGCUGGAUAGCACAUUUGUCAAUUUUUAUUGGAUGCUGCUUCGUUGGCAUAUUUCUUCUUGGAACCGAAGAGCCAAGAUUGAAUCAGGAUGUUCAAGGAAAAAACUCUACAAGGAUUUCUUGGGCUUACUGGUUUAAAAAAGUAUUAUACCAUCAAGUUGCUCUUGUUUAUGUCCUUACCAGACUAGUGACUAAUGUUUCACAGGCGUUUCUUGCAUUCUAUGUCAUUAACGAUCUGCAAAUGCCUCUGUCAACUAAAGCUUUGGUUCCAGCCAUUAUCUACAUAUGCAGCUUCAUUGUAUCAAUCCUUCUACAGGAGAUCACCUGGACUGGCCAACGUCUAAAGACCUUUUUUUCACUGGGAGGAGUUCUUUGGAUAUUUUGUGGUUCAGUGAUCCUCCUUUUACCAAGAAGCAUGAAUUUCUAUAUGUACCUUCUGUCAAUAGUUAUUGGCAUAGCAAAUGCUCUAAUGACGGUGACUGGAGUAAGCAUGCAAAGUGUUGUAGUUGGUGAAGAUCUCAAUGGCUGUGCUUUUGUUUAUGGAUCAUUGAGCUUCUUGGACAAAAUCUCAUGUGGGAUUGCCUUGUACAUUCUUGAAUCAUAUCAUGAUAACUCUCCAAAACUGCAGAAAUGUAAUUCAAUACUUUCGUGUUUUUCGGUGACAAGAUACGGUUUGGGUCUUGUCCCGGCAGUUUGUUCACUUGUUGGUGUGGUGGUUACGUACACCAUGGAUCUCCACACACCCAUUUCAAAACCUAUAAUGGAGCCCCUAUUGGCAUAGCUUUUAAUCCACAGUAACAUGGAGCUGUUCCAGCAUUUCAACUAUCAACAUGAUACAGAGAACUCGAUCCUUGCAUCGACUCUACUCAAUGACACCCUUUAGCCACUGAAUUUUCUUCGGCAUAGGUUUUUUUUUUUUUUUCCCCUCUCAAUUCAUUAUCAGCACACCCAUUGAAUUUGUUCACCAUUUAGCAUGUAUUAUCUUGAAAUAUUACAGCUGUAAUUGUAUAUAAUAUCGUAAAAUGUACAAUUCAUGUUCUGAAAUUAUGAUAAUUUAACUGGGGGAUUACAUUUA